UAAAUUUCUCUAAUAUCCGUCCAUUUUGUCAGACGAGGAAAACAUGUUUAAAAUAUUGUAUAAACAUUACGUAAACUUUUAUACAUUGUACAUUCAGUGCAUGUACACUAAAUAUUACUUUUUCACGGCAAGCGGUAUUGUGAGGCCAAUAUCUUAUAACCGAAAGGGCUGUCAUUGUAUGUGUGCAUUUCUGUUUGGUGGCGACUGGUUUGAUUACCUCUCAAAAGACUUAUUCUGUCCUGAUCUAAACAUGAAGCGAAUCGUUUUUAUUCUUCUGGCAAAUUUGCUCUUGGUGGAAGGCCGCAAACUUUCUACAUGGGAAGAUGAUAAAGAAGGAAAACCAAAUCGGCUUGCCGAGAGAAAACAAAGGAUUUAUCAGAACUGCAGAUCCAAUGAUGACUGUGAACAGUUUCAUUGCUGCUUUGAAUUGACCAAAAGCUGUUUCCCGGAAAGAGGAGAAAGAGAGGCUUGUUCGCCGGAGGCUCCCUGUCCAUGCAAGCCAGGUCUCUCAUGUACCCUUAUCGGAAAAUACUCGGGUCAAUCGUUUUACCAAUGCUUGAAUCCCAACAUUCAAAGCGACCCCGAUAACAUGGCUUGAUCUGCCGAACGCACUCCACAUCUGUCCGUUUCAUUUAGAUAUGUAUCAAUAAAUGCAAAAAGCGGACUUAAUUGUGAGGGUGUCUAUACAAAUAUUUUAUUUAUCAGAUGUAAAUCAAUUAGCGUUCUGUCUCUCUUGCUGAAAUCUGUAAACAAAAUGGCUUAAAACAUGAGCCUCUCUUGUUGUUGAGUUCUGGACGACUUGUAGAUUGAUACUUAACCUUUUAACUCCUCUGAGGGACCAAGACAGAAUUUACCCUUACAGUGUCAAUACAAUAUCAAGUAGACAAGUGAUGAGAAUAAAGAAAAAUAUCAAUCAGGGAAUUGUUAGUUGAUCCGAGACCAAAUUUUCUAAACUAACAUUACUAGGAUUGUAUGGCAGACAGUAGUGAAAGGCCUAUGAUUUCUAUGCA